CCGGGACCUCCCUUCUGCGGCAGCGACGGCUGAUACCGCGGGCUGGGCCCCGCGUGUGAGACCAUCCCGGCGUGCGGAAGACCGGGGAGCAGGGCCCGCGCCCCGCACUGCUCUGGCACAGCCGCUCUCCUAGGACCUGCACCGCAGAGACAGCAGUGCCACGAUGUGCGCCCGCCGCGCCCGCGGCCCAGACCCGGCUGCCCAGGACACCAUGGAUCUGCCGCCCGGCCUCCUCCUCCUCCUCCUGCUCGCUGCAGCCCUGCUCCCCCUCGCCGCACGCUCCAGCCCGACCCUUCGCCCUGCUGGAAGAGAGGAGCCGGGGAUGGUCAAGCCCGGGUACUGCUACCACAUCGCGGAGGUGGAGGACCCUCUGGACACGGGCUGCGGCGCCUGCCGCGGGUACACCGGCUGCUCCCGCUGCACCAGUGACGCCGGCUGCCCCGGCACCUCCAAGUGCUGCCCCAGCAAGUGCGGCUACACCUGCCAGGAGCCGGUGCUGGAUUUCUGCUACCUGCCCUCUGUCUGUGGGAGCUGCAAGGCGCUUUUCCGACGCUUCUUCUUCAACGCCUCCAGCCAUCAGUGUGAGGAGUUCAUCUACGGCGGCUGCGGCGGCAACAGGAACAACUUUGAGACCAAGGGCGAGUGUUUCAAGGCCUGCUCCCACCUCGGUGCCCGGUAGCCCGAUGGCAAGAGCAGUCAUGCGGCCCCGGCCCGAGGGAAGCUGCAUCCCCAUCCCUGACUCCACAGGGAGCCGUUCCCCGUGGGCUGGCAGCAACAGGCCCGCUGACUGAGGCAGCCACGUCGGGGUUUGCCCGGCGGUGGCAGGGACGUCCUCGCCGGCCGAGGGCAGGGACACGCGGGCGCAGGGAUGCAGCUGCCCCCUCCCAGGCCGUGGUGCCCAGCCCGAGGAGCCCGGCCCUCCCCUGGGGCUGUGACACUUCAAUACAAGGACGGGUCCUUGGAUGAGCACGUCUGGGUCUCGUCCUUCCUGC